AAAUCCAACAAUUCUAAAAUAAUAAUAAAACAUUAAAAAAAAAUAAAAAUCUCCAUAGUUUAAUCUUGAAGCAUUGGUGGAAGCACUCGUCAUCUUCCAUGAGCAUCCGCGACGACGGCGACCACGAGCAAAUAUUGCAAUGAAUUCCUCUGAGAGUGUAGUUAUGUAUUAUGUAGUUUAGUGAGUUAGUGAGUUUUUAAGUAAAUAGUAAGUGAGCGAGUGAAUAAGUGAAUCAUACAUACAUAUACAUAAAUAUACAAUGUAAUAUAUACAUGAUAUAAUACAUACAGUAAGAGUGUGUUGAUUAACCACGAGGAAGAGGUGGUUAGUAAUCGCAACAGUCAGUAUAAAAUUUCCAACUACAACAACGACGACAGCAGCAACGACGGCGAACCACGACGACGUUGCAAUCGUAACAAGUCGGAUUUCCUGUAGCCUCCUCUAGCAGCAGCAGCAGCAGCAGCGGUGGUAGUAUAGAAGCAGCUGCUGCUCGUCCCUCCCACUGGGACACAUCAGUAGUCGGUAGUCAGGAUAAUCAGUCGAGCCAGGACCUUUUCUGUUUUUAAUUCUUUUUAAUUCCGAUUUUAUUAAUUUGUAUAAUUAUUUACACUCAAUAAUUAAUAUAUAUUAUUGAAGUAUUGAUAAUAAUAUUAAUAAUAUUAACACUCACGUUGGUUACAAGUUGUUACGAAGAUGGAGUCGAGAGAACGUUACGACGAGCUGUGUCGCCUGUGUGCAUCUUAUGAUGCGGUUAAAAUGGAUAUAUUUGGACAAGAAGGAAAAAAUCGUCAGCUUGUUGAUAAAAUACAAACUUGUCUACCAUUUAAGAUUGAUGAAGAUGACAGAUUACCAAAAUGUUUAUGUUACCGUUGUAUGUAUAAUCUGGAAAAUUUUUACGAUUUUCGAACGGCUUGCGUUAAUGCUGUCGCGCUUUUGGAAAGAAAAUUACCACCAAAAGAAUCUUCAAGCAGUGGAUUACAUAAUGACAUGGAAAAACAUUCAGAGUUGCGCUCAGAGUUACUUAAGGAAAAAGAAAAGAUGCCAAUUCUUAUACCUGAAGCACCAAUAGUUAAUCCGAAUGCCGCGUUGGGUACUCCACCGAGAUUAAAUUCUGACGGUGAAGCCGAUCAGGAAAUUGAAGAAAUUCUUGAACACAGUGGAACUGAAGAAGGCUUAGAAGAUGGCGAGGACAGAAAAUAUGACGAGGAGUACGAAAUGGACAUGGAGACAAACCCCAGUGAUUUUUUGGAAAUGCCUCCGAUGGUAACAGAAGACCUAGAAGAGCCCGACCCGCACCAGCAGAACUCAUCUCGCUCACCAGCGUUGUUCCAACACAAAUCCGAGCACCACGAAGUCUACGUAUGUUCAUUAUGCAACAAAGCCUUCAGCUCCAAAGGCCACCUGUCACUGCACGCGCGAAUUCACGCCGGAGCCGGAGACGUAGUGGGUGAAAAGGUAAUCACAGACGACCACACAUCGUUCAAGCGUCUGUACCAAUGCGACCUCUGCAACAAAUCCUACUCAACAGCCAAGCACCGGUGGGGUCACGUGUCUUCAAAUCACCGAGGACACCCAGCAGUAACGUGUCAAUACUGCUCACGUUUGUACUCGACACGUGGAAAUCUAAUGGACCACAUAAAGUCUCGCCACACUGGCCAGCCUCCGCCUCCUAAACUCGGUGUCUAUGUCCCCUCAGACAAUCGAUUUCAGUGUAACACGUGCCCGAAGAUGUACACCAACAUCACCGACUUGAACAAGCACAAAAAAGUCUGCACUGGAAUCCGCGAAUCAAUAAGCUUGCUGCUAAAAAAGAAGGGCAAGAGUCUUAUGGACACCUCAGAAGCUUCGAGCUUUGAGUCUGACGAAGACAGCAAAGAUUACCGCACAGCCGAGGCUAAAUUAUCAAAAAAUCCCCAGCUGACUAUUUUAAAGCAAGCUUUGACUCGCGGAGCCGAAGGACUUAAGCGUGACGACCGCGAUCCUUAUAAAUUACUAAGAGUACCUCAAGUUGACACUCAAGAUUCCGAACCCAAGAGAUGGUUUUGCGAAACUUGUCCUCAGUCUUUUACUUCAAUUGAAGCUCUAAAAGACCACGAGGUCACUCACGAGUCCGACAAACCUUUCAUUUGUCUUCUCUGCAAAAAACAUUUCACACUAAAAUCCUCUUUAAGUCGGCAUAUUAUUUCCUCCCACGGUGUAGACCCAGCUCCAAUGUUAGACGAUGAAAAAUGUCUGAAAAAAAAAUUGCCUGUAAAUAAUCUACGUGAAGAAAUUAAAAUAAAACGCGAGCCUUGUUUUUCUCCUGUCAAUGUUGACGAAGAAGAUGAAACUCAGCAGCAAGAUAUGAUUGAGAUAGAAACAGUAUUUGUAUGUGAAAUUUGCACCCGUGAUUUUAACGACCGAGCUUCUUUAUGGCUGCACAUACGCGCUACUCACAAAGAAUACGCAGCAUUUGCUUGUGGAGUGUGUUUAAAAAUCUGUACGGACAAUGAUCAAUUGUUGAACCACGUAAAUAUGUACCACGGAGCUUCUAAGCUUCAAAUAUCAGAACAAAGGCGCUACAGUUGUACCAUUUGUGGCAGACAACAUGACUCAAGGAAGAAAUUAAUGACGCAUGUGUCGAUUCACAAUAUAGAUCCUUCCUAUGAUCCAGCUAACUUUGUUCAAUUAAACAGCGGGUAUUACAGCAAUGAGAAUAUGAAUGACACCACUCAGGAUCAUCUUAGAUUAAAGUCUGUUGAUUUUGAUCAUGAGGACGGUGAGAAGGUAGAUUGUUUUAUCUGCUACAAGUCUUUUCCAAAUGAAGACCACCUAAUUCGCCACCAGCGCAACGCGCAUAAAGAACAGACUCCUUAUACUGAUAAUAAUCUUGCUGUUAAUUCCAGUCCUGCUAACCCAAAUGGGAACAAAGCGCAGUAUCACUUAUUUUUCGUGUGUGAAAUUUGCGGAAGUUCUCAUCCAAGUAAAUGGGAGCGCUGGUUACACAUCAGCAGUUUUCACAGCUCAGAAAGCCAAAUUAGAUGCGAGCGUGAGGAUUGUGGUAAAAUAUUUUCUACCAAGUCGCUUAAAAAUGAACAUGCUCAGCAUCAUAUUUUGCAAGGCGCUUCGCCUAAUACUUGUGAAAUUUGUGGAAAACUUUGGGGCAGCCGGGUCGAUUAUUGGAAGCAUGUUAUGGGAGUUCAUUCCGACACUGUUCCUCUAAUUUGCGGUGUUUGCUUGAAAGUCUUCCCGGAUGUUAUUCAAUUAAGCGGUCAUGUUAAGAGUAAGCACUGGCCGCUGACAAACGGGGACUUUAGUUGCGACAUUUGCGGUCGUCCUUAUUCAAAUAAAUCUAAAAUGUCGCGCCACCGUAAAAUUCAUGGGUUAGAAGUUGAACAUUACAGCAAUGGCGUUAACGAGUCAGUAAGUGAAGUCAUACCUGCUAGUACGUAUGAAAGUAACGCAGCUGAGGUUGAUUUGACUUGUGAAAUGUGCACGGACUUGAUAUUUCCAAGUUGGGAAGACUUGUGCCAGCACAGAAGAAUAAUCCACGGAUUAUUCCCGUGUGAUUUGUGUAACAAAUGCUACGGAAGGACUUCUCACCUUUGGAAGCAUGUUAAUCGAGUCCACAAAGGUCACAAGGACGUUACUUGCAAGUAUUGUUUAAAAACGAGCGCUUCUAAGGAUCAUUUAGCGGCGCAUAUUGCUAAAAUUCACCGCUACGAGCCCGAAAGCAAGAAAGUUCUUAAAGAAACUAAUUAUAAAGCCCCCGUUGUUGAAGAAGACACGAUUCAUCAUUGCGAAAAGUGCAACAAAGCUUUCCACAAGCGGUAUUUAUUGAAGAGACACAUGAAAGGUUGCCAAAAUUAUCGGAAGGAUCCCGGAGCGUUGUUGACCCGUUGCAGAGCUUGCGAGAGAAUUUUUAAGGACCGGGCGAGCUUGCAGAAGCACAUUGAGAAUCAUCACAGUAGUUACACAUGCCAUUUGUGUAAUGAGACGAUUACUUCCAAGCUUGGAAUUAUGUCUCACAAUCGUGUUAAUCAUAUGAACCAUCCAGACUUGACUUGUGACCAUGCGAGCUGUAAAAAAUUGUUCCGGACUAAGGAAGAUCUUGAAGCUCAUCUGAAGGAUCAUAAAUAUCACUCGCCGAAUGUUUGUGAUUUUUGUGGAGAUACUGUGGAGAAUAAAUUGAAAUUAAAAAUGCAUAUUUUGUCACUGCACCGGAAUGAAAUUGGGGUUUCUUGUGGGGUUUGUUUGAUACCGAUGAAAGAUCCGCAGGAGUUGAAGAAUCAUGUGGAGAGUGUUCAUCCUGGAGUUUUGUUAAAGGCAAAUACUUGCCAGGUUUGUGGGAAACAAUAUGCUUCUAAGUGGAAGGCUUUUGAUCAUACGAAAAAAUGCCAUGGAAAAGUUUUUAGAACUUGUAAACAAUGUUUGGCUGUUUUUACAACUGACGCGGAUAUCAGACAUCAUUACGAGCAUGUUCAUAAUGUGCCUAAGGAUCAAUUGGCGGGAUUUGAAAAUAAUUCUGAUGGUGGUAAAGGAGGGGGUAAUGAUGAUGGAAUUAAAGAGGAGCUUGAUGAUUUUUAUGAUGAUGUUUAUGAUGAAUUACCGAAGGUUAAUAAGUCGGCUAAGCGCAAACCUCAAGAUACUUAUGAUUGUGAAAUUUGUCCGGAGAUAUUUUUAAAUUAUGAAACUUUAGCUGAUCAUUAUCAAUUGAUUCAUAAUACCGAUCCUGAGAGGAUGUUUAAAAAAAUGAAAACUAAUAGUGGUAAAAAACGAAUGCGUAAUCGUGAAAAUUUUGAAUGUGAAAAUUGUAAAAAACAAUUUUGUACUAAAACAUUAUUUUGGAAUCAUAUCAGUAAUUGUACGCGUAAAAAUAAUUUAUCAAAAAAUAAUAAUGAUAAUACAACUACCUCGAUACUUGAAACGCAUUUAAAAAAUAAUAAUAUGAUUAAAAAGGAGCCUGUUGAUAUUAUAAAUGAGUCUAAUUUAAAUAUUCCUGAUUUUAAUUUAUUUGAAGAUAUUAAUUUGCAAUUAUCUGGACACAAACCAGUGCCAAAUUUAAUGCCAUUGUCUUCAUCUCACCGGAUGUCCCCGAUGAAAUGCAACCGCAAGGAUUCUAGAAAGGUUUAUGAUGAGUCUACUAAUACAGUGUGUGCUUGCGAGGUUUGUGGGAAACAGUGGCCAGCUAAGAAGCACCUCUGGCAGCAUUUGAUACGCUUUCAUAGAGCUGAGGCAGCUGUUACUUGCGGAGUUUGUUUGAAAUUAUGCACGACUUAUCGCGGGUUGUCGCAGCAUCUCAAAGAGGCUCAUGAAGCUAUUUUGUCUUGUGAGGGGAAUAAUUUUACAUGUAAGAUUUGUGGGAGGUAUCAUAAUGCUAGGAGCAAGCUGUUGCUUCAUAUGAGCAUUCAUAUUAAUAAUAAUGAGCACAUUUGGUGCUCUAAAUGUGCGCUUAGUUUUGAUAGCAAGGAGAAACUUGAAGCUCAUAUGGCUAAUUGUAUUGUUAAUAAGCAGAGGAGAGAUGAAGAUGGCAAUGAGAAUGAUAAUGAUAAUGACAAUGAUAAUAGUAAUGAAAAUGAUAAUGAUAAUGAUGAUGAAGAUGAAGAAAAUGAAGAUCAUGAAGAAAAAAGCGGGGAUGAAGAUGUUAAAAUUGAUGAUGAUAAAGGAAGCUUGAUUGGUGAUGAAGCUUCUUUGUUGGGUGAAGGUGAUGAGGAAGAAGAAGAAGAAGAAGAAGAAGAAGGAGGAGGAGGAGAAGGAGAUGAUGGUGAGGUUGAUGUUGAUGAUAAUGAUGAUGAAGUUGAAGGUGAGGGUGAGGGUGAAGAAGGUGAAGAAGGUGAAGAAGGAGAAGGUGAAGAGGAAGAAGAAGAAGAAGAAGCAGAAGGAGACUUUGAUUCUGAAGACUUGGUUAAUGGUGAACACAGUGAAGAAUCUGCUUGUGAAUCUGACAUUGAAAAUGAACAUGAAAAUGUAACUAUUGAAAGAGAAGACAAUUCUAAUAGCAACAGCGAUCAUGAUGAUUCUGAAGAAGAAAAAAAGGAGAAAGAAAAUAUAAGAGAUAAUGACACUGAUGAUGAUGAUGAUGGACCACCGGUUCUUAGUCCAAUAAUGCCGAUUCAUGAAAAUGAAAAGCCUAGAAGGGUGAAAUCUAAAAAAAACAUUCCUGAGCUGGAUGAUAAGGAGUUAUUGGAGAGCAACUCUGGAUACUAUGGCUCGGAGAUUGAUGAUGAAAGGUUAAAUGAGAAUACUUUGGAUUCUAUGGCUAAUGAUGGAGAAUUUCAGGAGCAGAUUAGGAUUAAUGAUACUGUGCUGAUGGUCACCAAUGAUGAUGAGGGGAAUGAAAUUGUCAUUGAGCAGAAUGUGGAAGAAAUUGAUGAAAAUGAUGAUGGCGAGUCGAUUCAAGAUGUCGCGGAUUUUAUUUAUCAAGUCGAUCCGGAUAAUUUUGAUGGAGAUAGCCAGGGGGUUCAGGAGGAGGAAGAGGUGCAGGAGGAGGAGGAGGAAGAGGAAGAGGAUCAAGAGGCUAAUUCUAGUGCCAAAAAACGUGUCUCGAGGACGUAGUUGUGAAUUAUUAUUUUGUAUAAAUAUAGAGGAUAUUUGAUUUAUUAUUUUUAUUAAAAAAGUAAUAUUAAUGGAUUAAAAUAAAAAAAAAAAGAUAAUAAGUUCACUGUACAGUAGAUUAAAUGUAAAUUUAAAGAAUUUUGCCUAAUCUAGACGAUAAAUUACAAAUACAAAUUACAAAUAAAUUUAAGGUAGUCUUCUGGGGGUUGAAUGAUUGAUAAUUCGCUUGGGCAUUGUAAUUUAUAAGAUUUAAAAUUAAUAAUUUUUUUUUUUGGUUUAAAUUAAGCCCAACUGAUAAUUUGUUGUUUUUUUUUGGUUUGUAGUAUUUAGUAAUCAACCUCGUUAUUUUAUUUUUUUAUUAUUAAUUAUUAUUUUAUAAUUAAUUUGUUUUUGAGUAAUUGAAUAAGCGAGUUACGCUUCAGUCAAUUAUUUAUUUGACCUCAUUCAUUCCAAAGUAAAACGAUUAAUCCUCAAUCUUUAAUAAUUUUUUUGAGUUGUAAGGUUUAUUGUCUUGUAACCUAAUGGUUUAUUAAUUAAGUAAUUAUGAUUAUUAAUAUUACUAUUUU